AUGUUCAAGUUCACCACCCGCCUCACCACAACCGCACGCCAAGCCGCCCGGCGCCGAUUCUCAACCACCCCCGCCCGCCUCCAGAUACUCCCUGUAAAAGUCACCGGCACCGGCACUGGUACCCUUCAAAAAGUUUCCGUUCCAGGGAAGCCAUACACCUUCACGGCGGACACAUAUCCCGUUCUCGGCGGCGCUGACUCGGCCCCCUCACCGGUUGUCUAUUCCCUUGCCAGUCUGAGCGCAUGCAACCAAGUCACUGGCUCUGUUGUCGCGAGUAAUCAUGGGAUCAAGCUUGGAAAGUGGGACACGGAUGUGGAGGGGGACAAGUUUGACAAGUUUGUUUCUGAGGUGGAGAGGAGAUGCCCGAUUACACAGUUGUUCAAGUUGAGUGGUGUCAAGUAUGAGAGCGAGUGGGUUAAUGAGAAGCUGUGA